AUGAAAACUUAUGCAAAUGAAGUACAAAAAGAUGAAUCUGACAUUAUAUACAAAUUGAAUCGUUUAGAACAGUAUGAUCGACGCUUAAAUUUAAGAAUUUUUGGUUUACGUGAAGAAGCAAACGAGUCAACAGAUGAAAUUGUAUUAGAUAUAGCUAGAAAAUUGGAUAUACCAAUAUUUGCUCAUGACAUCUCAUGCUCACAUAGAGCUGGUGCAAUGAUCUCAACGGCACAGGAUCGUGGAAAUAUCGGUUCAAAUCACAAUUCAGAUUAA